CAUCUCAAAGAAUCCUAAAUUUCUACAACAUUAAGCUUUUUAAGAGAAACUCCAAUUGGGUGUUUUACUUUUUUGUUCUUUCUAGUAGUCUAGAUUUGGUCGGUUUGAAGAAGGAACCCUGUUGUGGACCUUGGUGUUUAUAAGUCACUGUUUCUUAGCACUUUAAUUUGCUUCUCUCUCUCAAUUUCUUACAAACCAGAAUGAAAGGUACAACUAGGCCUGGUGGUAGAAAGAAGGUCUGCAAUUCUAGUGAAGAAGAGAGUCGAGAACUAAGAAGAGGGCCUUGGACUCUUGAAGAAGACACAAUGCUCACUCACUAUAUUGCGCGGCACGGUGAAGGUCGAUGGAAUAUGUUAGCAAAAUGUGCAGGGCUGAAGAGAACUGGAAAAAGUUGCAGAUUGAGAUGGCUGAAUUAUCUAAAACCAGACAUUAAGCGCGGAAAUCUUACUCCACAAGAGCAGCUGUUGAUCCUUGAUCUCCAUUCGAAAUGGGGCAAUAGGUGGUCAAAGAUUGCAGAGCAUUUGCCUGGAAGAACAGACAAUGAAAUCAAGAACUAUUGGAGGACAAGAGUGCAAAAGCAGGCACGCCAAUUGAACAUUGAGUCCAACAGCCAGAGGUUCUUUGAUGCUGUCAGGUGCUUUUAUGUCCCAAGAUUGCUUCAAAAGAUGGAACAAACUUCAACUUCCUCUUCUUCAUCUUCUUUGACAACAACCCAAACCCAGAUGGAUGUCUCUCCAUCACCAAACUCUACUAUAGUUCCUACUUUGUAUCCUCCUUGUCCUACCCCAACACCCAAAUUGGUACAAGACCCAAAUUUUAUGAUCAGCACAGAAAUUUCAAUGCCUGCAAUGACUGGUCCAAAGACCACUAUUUCCACAGAUUCCAUGACAAUAAUCUCACAGCAGCCACAAAUUCCUGAAUACCCAAAAAGUCCACUUUCACUUGGCAAUAACUACAGUUUCUACAACCAUCCCCCAAGUCUAGAUGAUCAUUGUUACUAUGUGGGUAGCAGUAGCUUUGACAUGGAGUGCUUCAAUGUGGAAUAUCCCAUUUCAUCAGAUAUGGCUAGUCUUUACAAUUUACCAACAGAAUGGCAGGUGGCACAAGGGAAUUGGACAAGUGAUGACAUGACUGAUCCAUUAUGGAACAAUUUGGAUGACAUAUGGCAGCUCAGGGACUUAGAAUAGAUUGGCAUCUAGAGUACUGUACUAGAGUGUGGUGGCCCUGCUAUUAUUAUGCGAAGGGUCCACUAACUGAUGAUCUUGACAUAGACACUGUGUUAAUCCUCUUUUUGGCUUUUAUAGUACUUUGCUUUAGAGUACCUUGCUUAAAGGGUACAUCA